GAGCAGACGACAAAACCGCGUGCUAAGCAAAAAACGACGCCAACCGGCAGAUUGUCGCGAGCUACGACGAAAGACUGUUGCGAGCAACAUAUAGAAACGCACAAAAAGCGUAACCAUUGUGUAACUUAAUUGUACUCAAAUUCUCUAUCAGUUUAUGUUCAAUAAAUAGUUAUCUUGUUUGUUAAAUAAUAAUCGCAAUUAGUGUUUUGCUUACUAAGUGCCCUUUGUCUUCCACUACGGAAUAUUUUCGAGCCAUCGCAGAGAGCCAGCGUUACCGAAUGGUGUUAUCUUCAACAAGGAUUAAAUUAUCAGUCUAAACAUGAGCUCCAAUAGUGAUACCGGCGAUAAUCAAACUUCAUCGAUAAUUACCAAUUAUUCUUCAUCUUCGGAAGUAGAAACUGAAAGUGAGGUGGCUGUUCAGUCAACUUUUGCUGUAAAUUUCUCUCCGUCAACUUUAAAUGAAGAUCAAGGUAGCACCUUACCUCCUUCCUCGCCUAAAUCCCUUUUGUCAAUACCACAUUCACCAUCAGUAACACGAAGUAGUAAUAAUUUUAGCGACGAUGAUAAUAAUGUUAGAGACGAUAGCGAUGAUUUUGACGAUGAUAGCGACGAUAAUGAUGAUGAUGUCGGUACUGAUAGUGAUGAUGAUAAUGAAAACCGUUGGCUACAUAAUCCAAUUUAUCAAAAUUCAAGUUCUUGUGGUGGUGAUGCUCUAAUACAGAUUUUAAAAAUUUACGUAUCGAAUCAACUGAGUAAAGAAGCUUUAUCAGACUUACUUACCUUACUUAACACACUGUUACCCGAUAACCACAAUCUUCCGAAAACAAAAUUUAAAUUAUUAAAUUUGAUCGACAAAAUUUUACUAAAUUUACAAUCAAACUACACAACAAAGCACAGAAUUUGUUCAGACUGUCAGAACUACUUAGGAGAAUGGUUAGAUUCACAAGAUGUUAAAAUUUGCUCACGAUGUAACGGUAAAAAAUUGAAAAGUUUUUUCAUAGAAUUUAAUAUUGAAUCUGAACUGCGUAAUGCCUUUGAAGUGAGGGAUCUUCAUUCUUUAAUUGAUUCUUUUCAAACUGAAUGUUUUUUCAAGAAAUUCGGAAAAUGUGUACGAUAUAACGUCUGCUUCAGAGUUUCAGCGUCUAAAAAGAGUUGCAAUACCUGGUCAAUAUGAUUUAUUUUUAAUUUGGUUUACAGAUGGAGUGCAAGUCUCCAAAAGUAGACGCAGUCAAAUUUGGCCAGUAUAUGCUCAAAUUGUUAACGUAGAGCUAAGAUUAAGACGGAGUCUUCAAUUCGUAUGAGGGAUUUUUUACUCAAACCGAUGUACUAAGAAACCAGACAUGAAUUCUUAUCUGCUUCCUUUUACAUUAGCUUUAAGAAAUUUAUUCACAAACGGGUUUGAAUGGAAGCAUAAGACAUUAAAUCGUACAAUGACAAGUAAAGUAAUUGCUCCAAUUGCUUGUUUGGAUGCUCCAGCAAAAGCUGGUGUAUUAAACCUAAUGCUCUACACUGGUGAGUACAGUUGUCCAUGUUGUGAAAUUAAAGGUGAGAGUUGUGCAACCGGUGCUGGUUCAAAUUGGGUAUUUCCAACCGGUUUCGAACAGUCCCCUUUAAGAUCUGAUAAACAAAUGGAAAUUCAAACAACAAUUGUUGAAAAGUUUAAAAAUUUGAAACAUUUCAAAGGCAUUAAAGGUAUGUCAGUUGUUACUAACAUACCGCACUUCAGCAGGUCAAAAGGAUUUAUUUCUGAUUAUAUGCAUGCUGUACUCCUUGGUGUGAUGUCGAGACUUUUAUCUCUUUGGUGUGAUUCUUGUAAGAAUUUGGAAAAUUAUUAUUUGUCUAAAGAGCUCAGAAGUGAUAUUGAUAAAAUUUUAGAGACAAUAACACCACAGGAUGACAUAACUCGGACACCUAGAAAACUAACUCAACUCAGUGAUUAGAAGGCUUCCGAGCUCAGAGCGUUUCUAAAUUAUUAUGGACCAAUAGUUUUAAAAAAUCGUUUAAAUGAAGUUCAUUUUCAACAUUUUGUAAUACUUGUUAAAUCAAUUCAUUUACUUUCUCAAGAAGAAAUUAGUCCAUCAGAUAUAAAUUUUGCGGAAACUUUAUUCACUCUUUUUAUUAUUGAUGUUGAAGAACUGUACGGUAAUAACAAAUAUUCUUAUAAUAUUCAUCAAUUAUUAUCACAUCUUCCACUUCAAGUAAAAAUGUGGGGACCACUCUGGGCUUGGUCCGCCUUUUCCUCUGAAGAUCAAAAUGGUGAACUUGUUAAAAUGAUACAUGGCUCUAAUAAAUUGACGUAGAAUUAUCCAAUACAGUUAAAAUUAUUCAAGCUUAUCGUAGUAUUAAGUAUCUUAUGCAUCCUGAAAAAACAUUAAAUGAGAACAGACGAUAUCUUUACGGACCAACUAUAAUUUAUGACAUAACAGCAAGCGAACUUGGAGCCAUCGCUUAUGCAACUCAUCGCACCAAAGAGCAGCUACUUGAAGAGCGCAUUCCUAUAUAUAGUAGAUGCAAAAUAAAUGAUGAAAUUUUCACAUCCAAAUUAUACACUCGGCAAAAAAAAAGCGUUCAAAUUUUUAUAUUCAAUGGAAAAAAGAUGAAUCCAUGUUCUGUGGUGCUAUUAAGUAUUUUAUAAAAGAGGGGGAAAAUUCUUACGCAGUAGUAAAUGAAUUGAUUGUUACCAAUGAUAGUAUUGAAGAAAUCAAAAACAAAGAAAUUGGAUUUAAUCUAAAUAAUAACAUUAAACACAUAUGAGGCAUUCUUUCUCAAGUGGGCCACCCCUUCUCUCCAUUUCAAAUUUAAUCCAAAAAUCUUUUAUAAUAGCUCAAAUUAAAGGUAAAAAUGUCAGCUUUUCAAUGCCGUUGGGCCCUUUUUGAAAUAUUAAUCUCCAAAUAAACUAUAUAUAAUUUAAUGACAAAAAACACUAUGAACAAUUCUUUUUCAUAUUAAAAAAAGAAGAAAAACCCAAUUUUAAAAAUGCUACAGGGCCUACAACAUUAAAUUAUAUGAUAAAUUAACAAAAUUUCAUAUUAUUUCCUAAAAUUAAAGAUGGCGAAUCCAAUAUGGCGCCCAAAAUUUAAAAAAUGUAUAAUUUUUGUUCAAACUCACCAUAAAAAGGUUAUUGGGAUCGCUGAUGACGAAUUUGGUGUUAGUUUUUCAAAAUUCAAAAUGGCGAAUCAAAAAUGGCGGACUUAGAAAUUAAAAAUUAAUCGGAUUUGUCUCAAAUUUGUUAUUUGGGGGUUUUUGG